GCCAGGAAGUGUUGUGCGGUAAACAGAAGCGCGUCUUUACUUGGAGAAUUGACCAAAACGUAGCUCUUAAACAUUGCCCCCGCUGACCUCCAAGAGCAGACACUACCGUCGUUCAACAAGAGGAUCAGGAUGAGCGAGAGCAGUGACCUCACAGACCAUGUGACCUGCACCAUCAAGGCUUCUGUGAAUCUACAGAUCGGCGACACCAAAACAGAGAUUUCCCAGUCGGGUGUGUCCGUGGUCGACAUCAACCUGCCCUUCGGAAAGACUGUCAAUAUCGAGGACAUCACCUUUAAGAACUACUACUGUGCCUUUGUGAGCGUGCGGGUCCUGAAGCGGACCCCCGGCCAGGAGGCCCAGUGGUCCACGGCCCUCAGGGACCUCCCUCUCAUGGAGAACCCCCACACCGAGGCCGGGUCGCAGGACUACUACUCCAUCCACCGGGACCAGAUGCUGCUGGUGCCCGACAACGUGGUGUCAGUCAGACUCGUCCUGAGACAGCCCUCCUCAGCCUGGCUGACCUUUAACCUGGAAGACAUCAAAAUACACCCGCACACCCAACCGGCCCCUGUGAAAGAAGUUUCCGAUUGGUUGUCGGAUUUAACCCUCGUUGACCAACACCUGAAUAUGGAGGGUCUCCCGGACCCCCAGGCCGUGUCGUCCAGCAUCCAACAGAUGUGGGCGUUGACCGAGGUGAUGCAGACCAAUCAGACCACCGCGUCCAUCGGCCGCUUCGACGUGGACGGAUGCUACGACAUCAACCUGCUCUGCCUGACCUGAGGCCGGUGGUCGUACGGAGGCUGGCCGGAGCCAGGAUGAAGGGCUGUCGGAGAGACUGAGCCAUGCAUGUCCUUGUGUCACACGUACUGAACACAGCCAGGGGGAGGAACAGACAAUGACCAAAUGUGGUCUUGCUCCAUCACAAAGUGAGGUUAUAGGAACCGAACUGUCCAAUUCUGGCCGAUCACAUGACCCUGGCCCUCAGCCAAUCACAGACACUCCUUACAUUUUAUUUUGUGUAUCAUUAGAGAAACCGAAAGGUCUUUGGAGAGAAAUAAAAUCAUACAAUGUGAAAUAUUCAACA